AAAAUCGAUAAAUUUGGCAUCUGAAAAGCUUUCGCGGGAAUCCAGUUGUUAAUUGCUGCUAAUUGUUAAAUAAAAUUAAAUUUAAAUAAUAAUAAACGGUUGAAAAACAUGUCUACUUGCAAAAUUAAGGAAAUUAGUGGCGAUUUGUUUAGCGCCGAUGACCAAUAUUCAAUGGCGCAUUGCGUAGCAGCAGAUAUGAGACUUGGAAAGGGUAUUGCUGUAAAAUUCAGAAACAAAUUUGGACAAAUUCCAAAACUGAAGCAACAAAAUGUAAAACCUGGUGGUGUAGCAAUCUUGCGGGACAAGUCGCGCUUCAUAUAUUAUUUGGUGACCAAACAGAGCAGUUGGGGUAAACCAACUUAUCAAACACUAAAUGAUUCGCUGCUGGCAAUGAAAACACAUAUGCUCACAAAUGGCAUUGAUAAAUUGGCUAUACCACGUAUUGGCUGUGGUCUAGACGGUUUGGAUUGGCAUAAAGUUAAAGACAUGUUGCAAGAUGUCUUCAAGGAUACUACCACAGAAAUAAUCGUUUAUAAUUAUGUGCCAUAAAGUGUUAUGUUCUCUGUACUAACUCCUACUCCUACAUGUACAAAUAAUAUUAAAUAAUUUAUUGAAAAUAAAAAUACUUUAAAUCCUUGCCGUUAUAAUAAA